UUAAUUUCUGCGCUUCUCUUUCUGCAAUUACUCCUUGAAAGCAUCUCUCUCUAGAAUAUUGAGUAUUGCUGACUUGAGCGUCGGAGUGUUUUCCCCGAGGAAACAACCUCGGGAUUUUCAAGUGUAGAAGCAGCUGAGGAUUUCAACAGUGUUGGACUGCGAAGCUACCCAAACAUUUGGUGCCGUCUGUGGGAAUCUGAACAAGAAGUUGUGUAGCUUAACCCGCUGAAAGACAAAAUGGUUCGUACUUUUACAGGGGGUCACCCUCCAAUAAAUGAAAUGGACGAACAGGAGGCUGCUCAAGUAUCCGAGCCCGGCUUGAAUGACUUUAGGCCAAUGCCAAGAAACCUUUUCCCAGAACAAUUCCAAGUUCCAACAGGAACGAGACAAAGACAUUCUAGACCAGACAAUUCACAGCAUGAACGACCUGAAAGGUCAACAAGACCUGCUCGGACAACCGAGCUCGGAGAGAGAACCAGAGUUCUUGAAAUGGCAAUGGGUAAAAUCCUUGCCCGCCUGAUCCCCAAUGAUCCCCUGAUUCCUUUGUUGAACAGGGAUGCACAACCAGCUGCGGUUGUUGCCACACGAAACUCCCCUGCUCUGAGCAAUAUAGUAGUGCCAACCAAACCAAGGGGAAGUGGGAGGCUAAAUAAUGAGCCCAGCUCGUCCAAACAUAGUGAAGAACUGAUGAGAAAGAAUGUAGACCUAGAAAGGCAAUUACGGGACGUACAGAAAUCCAUCGACGAGCUGAAAAGUCCCAAGUCGCAUAAGCAAACUCUUGAUUUAGAUAGCACCCCACUGAACCUAUCUAUCACAGCAGAACCAUACCAAGAGGGAUUCAAAAUUCCCCACCUAGAGACAUAUGAUGGCUCGGAUGAUCCAGAUGAACACCUGCACACCUAUCAGGCCAUCAUGAGAAUCCAAAAUGCCAAUGAUGCCAUGAUGUGCAAAGUGUUCCCAACGACACUAAAAUCAACGGCCAAGAGAUGGUAUCAUAAACUCCCCAGGCAUUCUAUAGACUCGUACUCCCAGCUCGCCAAGCUAUUCUCCAACAAAUUUGCAAGCCAAAGGGAGAUUAAACGUACAGCGACCGAACUGAUGCAAGUUCAUAAGAAAAAGGGAGAAUCUUUGAGGGACUACAUGCAACGAUUCAACAAAGCUACUUUGGACAUUGAUAACGUCCCCGAUACCAUCUGCUUAUCUGCCUUGUUGCAUGGUUUGAAACUUGGCCAGUUUCUGGACGACCUGCUGGAGAAUCCACCCAAGUCGUGGAAUGAAGUAAAUGACAGGUCUGCAAGCUUCAUAUUAUCCGAAGAUUUUCAAUCUUCUAAGCGACGAGCCGAAGAUAAGCAGGGUAAAAAGCCCAAGCAGCCUGAAAGCAGAGAUGACAAAAAGAAACAGAAGAUAUUGGCGCAAAUACAACACUGGGUCAAGAGACCCCCUCCACAAACGCAUGAUUCUUCACGAGCUGACAGAAGCAAAUACUGUGACUAUCACCGUGUAUAUGGCCAUAACACAGAAGACUGUCAGAGUCUGAAGGAUGAGCUCGAAUUCUUGGCUCGCAAUGGAAAAUUGGAAGGGCAGCUCCAUACUCAUUUGUGCCAAACAGAGCAUACAGGGGACGCCCGUUCAAUAGGCGUGGGCAAGAACAGAAAGCACCUACAUAGAACCAAAAGGACCACAGAAGGGUUGGGGGGUCAAAGCGCUCGAGGCCACAAGGCAUACACUCGCCAGGUGAUGACAGUAAAUAAGAACCGGCCUCUUAAGCGCCCAUUUGAAGAAGCGGAGUGGGAGAAUGUGGCCAUUACGUUUAGCCCGGCAGAUUACCAACGAGCAGAAGGAGAGCCUAACGUCGUGAUGCCUCAUGCAGAUCCUUUUGUAGCAACAGUCCAUAUAGGCAAUCAUAACGUCAAUAAGGUUUUCAUUGACACUGAACCACGCUUCAGGAUCGCUUCAGUCAGCUUCCUGGUCAUCAAAAUGGAGUCAGCCUUCAACGCCAUAUUAGGAAGAGCCACCCUCUGUGAGCUGAAAGCUGUUAUUUCUCAACCCUAUCUCUACAUGAAAUUCCCAACUCCUCAGGGGGUAGGAGUGCUUAAAGGGAAUCAAAAAAUGGCCAGAGCAUGCUACUAAGAUACUUUCAAAAAGGUUGAGCUCGCUGCUGCCCCUGCAAGUUUUGAAAAUCACAGGCCAACCCAACUCGGUCAGCAGACAAUGAGCAUAUCAG